AUGGCUACAUGGGCGGAUAUACAAAAAUUGGCAAAUGAACUUCAAAUAGCUCAAAAUAUUGAAGGUGUAAAAAAACUUAGUGAUACUAAUGUAAUUGAAAUUGUUUCAAAACUUCGAAAUUUAUCAUUAAUUGAUAUUAUUUUUACAAAUGAUGGAAAAGAAUAUGUAACAAAAAAACAUCUUCAAAAAGAAAUAAUGGAUGAAUGUUUAGGGCAUAAAGGAAGAAUUUCAAUGGAUGAUUUGGUUAUGUCAUUAAAUGUUGAUUAUGAGUAUAUUUUAGAAGCAGUCAAAGAAAUUUCUUUAUCAAAUAAUGAUUUUAUAGCAUUUCAAACUGAACUUUAUACUAAAUCUUUUAUGGAUAAACUUUGUAAUCAAAUUAGUGAUAAACUUGAUGAUGUUGGUACAAUGUCAAUUCUUUCAAUAACAAAGUUAUUUGAUCUCCCAACAACUAUUAUAAAUACAUAUAUUUUAAAUGAAAUUGGAAAUAAAAUUGAUGGUGUUCGAGAUGGAGAUCAAAUAUAUACUAAAAAAUAUUUAUUAAUUCAAGAAAUGUGUAUUAUUGCAAUUUUAGGUUCUAUUACAAAAAUUACUCCAAUGGAAGAUAUUGUUUCAACAAUUCCUAUAUCAGAAAAUAUUUUUUGGAAUUUAUGGAAUAAACUUGAAAAAGAUAAUAUAAUAAAUGGAAAACUUUUUGGAUCAAAAACUUUAAUAAAAAAAUGUUUUUAUAUACCUAAAUAUUAUAUUGAUCUUUCUUUAAAUUAUAUUAAAUCAAAAUUUGAUUCUGAUGGUAUAAUAGAUGUUGGAAUUUUUAAAAAAUUUUUUAUUACUAAUAUAAAUGAAACUUUUGAUACAAUAUAUGGAAAAUAUUUUUCAAAAAAUAUUAUUUAUUUAGAAUCAAUAAUUAUUAAAAAAGAAAUUUUAAUUGAACAUAUUAAUGAAAUGGAAAAAGAUACAAUAACUAAUGGAUAUUGUGAUGUUUUAUUAUUUCUUCGAAAUGAAUUGUCUUUUUCUAUAACUGAAGAAGAUUUAAAUAUGAUUAGAAAAAAAUAUUGGAAAUUAAAUGAUAAUUUAAAAUUUUUAGAAAAAACUGAUACUUCAUUAAUUUUAUACAAUAAAUCUCUUGUUGAAUCAAUAAGAAAAAUAUUAGAACCAAUUAUUAAAGAUAUUGCUAUUAAAGAAGCUCCUAAUUUAAUUAUUAGUAUGAAAGAACAACAAACAAAAGGAAAACACCAACAAAAUUCAGAUGAUGAAGAUUGGGGAACUGGAAAAAAUAGUAAAAGUAAUAAAAAAAAAGGUGGUUCUUUAAAAAAAUCUAUUAAAAAAAAUACAAUUGAAACACAUAAAAUAACUUUACCACAAAUAGAUUUUAUGAAAUAUAUUGAAAAAGAAAAUUUAGCACCAACAAAUAUUGUAAAAUAUUUACUUAAAGAUAUAUCUUUUGAUCUUGAAGAACUUUUUAAUAAUGAAAUUUUAUAUGCUAUAAAUAAUCUUACUUUAACAAGAAAUAUUGAUAAAAAAAAGAAUAGAAAAUUAUUAGAACAAAAUGGACAAACAUUAUAUGAACAAUUUUGUAUGUUAGAACAAGGAGCAUCAUUUUUUUCAGAUAAAACUGGAAUAGAUUUAAAGGAUUAUCUUUUAAAAAAUACUGGUAUUGAAUUUGCGAAUACUAUUUUAUCUAUAAUAACUGAAAAACCAAUUGAAGAAGUAUCAGGAAUAAGAAAUAAGAUUAUAAAAGAAAUGGAUUGUAAUGAUAUUAUUAAAAAAGAUAUUUUAUCUUUAUAUGCAUCAACAAUUUCUAAUGAUAUUAAUAGUUUUCAUGAAUCAGUUAAAAUAUUAGGAAAUAGAGAUGGUUGUGGAUUAAUUUUUAAAAAACCUAAUGAAUCAACAUUACCAGAUUUAGUAUCUAGUUAUAAAAAUGGGCUUAUUGAAGCAAUACAAGAAUCAAAUGACCAUGCAAAAUCUCUUUUACUUGCUAUUUUAAUUUUAUAUGCUGAUAGAUAUAAAAUAGCAAUAUCUGCAUCCGAUCAAAUUAGUGAAGAAGAAAUUAGUUUACUUGUAUCAGCACAAGGAGCUGUUAUUGAAAUUUUUAAAUCUAAAGGAAAUGUUGAUUCUAUUUUAAAGGAACAAUUAAAUGAAGUUAUUGAAAAAAUAAAAAAAAUUGUUAUUAAUAAAAAUUAA